CCUUGACAACGCAGAGCAACGGGGAUUCGCCUACGACGCGAUUCGGCUGAAACUGGUUGUUUUGUGGUUUUCAAUCAGUCUAAAAUCGAUUAUUUUUGGUCACAGUUGCGUUGCAGUUGGGCGUGUUUUGUCUAUUCAAUUAUUUGUUAAUUUUAUCUAUAAUAAAAUGUGUGACCAGGAAUUAAACAUUAAAUUCGUCAGAGAGAUUGAGAAAUAUGAAGCUUUAUACAAUAAUACACUUUCUGAUUACUCGAGGAAAGAUGUGACUGACAAAGCCUGGCAAAAUGUGGCAGCUGUAGUAAAUAUGUCAGUUGCUGACUGCAAAGAGAAAUGGCGUAACCUACGUACAGUUUUUAUACGUAAAAUUAAACCUCUGCCAAGUGGAUCCGUGGCAAAAAGAAGAGCGUAUUACUUAGAAGAAGCCAUGCAGUUUAUUUUGCCUUUCGUCAAAACAUCGGCUCUCUCUACACCUAGGGAUUUACCAUCAGUAGCACACCUAUGUUCGGCUAGUACUAAUGAAGAUAUUGGUGAAGAGGAAACGCCUGACGACAUGCUAAGUAUUGAGAUAAAAACUGAGAUAACAGAUUUCACCGUUCCGUUACCUCCUCAAGCUCCCCAAACGAUGUGCUUAGAUACCAGCUCAGCACCUAUCUUGCCCCCUCGAAGUGAGACAAAUUCGAUUUCAGUAAAAAGAUUAGCAACAGAAGUAGAUCGAAGUGUGGCUGAAUACUUCCAAGCUAAGAAAAGAAAGCUCAGUGAUGUCACUUCUACAAAAAUGACCAGUGAUGCUACUUCUACAAAAAUUGAGCAGCAAGAGAGUCUCAGAAUGUUUUUGAUCAGCUUGCUACCAGAAUUAGAAGAGCUUAAUCACAAUCAAAUUAAGUUAUUCAAAAGACGAGUUUUAUCUGUUCUGGACGAGAUAACAACAACAUCCCAACAGCAGCUACCAGUUUCUAGAUACCAAGAAGUAUCCUCACCUCAGUUUGAUUCCUCUGACGGGUUAGUGUAUCGUCCUACUAGUCCACAGUACUGAGCAACCGAAGUUUAUAAAACUGAUUCUCAAAAGAUGUGAAAAGAGCAUAAUAAUCCUUAAUACUUAAUUGAAAAAAAUAAAUUUGUUAAAUUUA